AUGGCCAAGAAGGAAAAAGUAAAGAAUGAAGUCAAGGAUAGCAAGUCAAAGACAAAAACGGUAGAGCCAAGUGAAACGGCAGAUCCAAAGAAGCCAACUCGAGGGUUGGCAAUUGGGGAAAACUUUGGCUGGACUGGUAAACUUCCCGUGACUUUGCUCAAUGAGCACUGCCAAAAGCAGAAAUGGAACAAGUGCGAUUACAGCAUGAUGAAGCGAGCAGGAGGACUUCUCUGUGUGAUUACAUUGUCUUGGGAGAACCCCAAAACCAAAGAGGUCAUAAAUGUUAAAUUUGUGCCGAGUUACAAGCCGAGGCCCACCACGAACGAGGCAAGGCACAUGGCUGCUACUUUUGUCCUUCAUCGAAUCAACUUUAUCAAAAACAUGAAAAUGUUGUUGCCCGUGAUAUUUCGCGACUACUGGACAGAGUUGGAAAGCGAAAGGCUUGUGCUGCUAAAGGAAAACAAGAAAUUGCACGAUAUCAAGUACAAUGUGAACCCGUUUUUGGUCCAUCUCGAGCAACAGGAAAGCAAAAGGAAGCAAGAAAAAGAGCGAGAGGACAGGAUCAACCAAGAAUCGAAAAUUCAAAGGAAAGCCGUUAGUUUGGGACAAAGAAACGCUGUUGCCGAGAAGAAAACCCUUUCUUCUUUGCACUCGAUCCCCAAAAAAGUGUGGGAAUCAGCUCCUUUGUUGGAUAUACCUGCCGAGAUAAGAGCAGAUAUUGAACUCUCUGUGCGAGAAUAUUUGACUUGGGAUAAAAAAACUGAUGACGUUGCCCCAAAUGUAGAGGAGAUUAAGAAAUUAGUUGCAUUGGGAUUUAGGGAAAGCCAUGCCCAGGAGGCAUUUCAGUACACGUGGACAUUUACAGGAGCCCUCGAGUGGUUGAUAUUCCACUUGCCGGAAGAUGACCUUCCUUCGUCAUUUUCCAAAAGCGAAAAGGAGUCAGAGGUCAGCUUGAGAGUUGCAAAGCCUUUGAAAACGGAAUUGGCAAUGAAGAGACUAAGGCACUCGGGUUUUUCAAACGACGUGAUUCUCAAAAUCUACGAGGAUAACGAUGAGGAUUACUUUCAAACCAGCAUAGAGCUCACCAAGUUAUUGGGCUCUGGGGGCGAAGCAUCUCCCGUAGAAGAUAGCCAGGAACUAUGGGAUCAAGAGCUCGAGGCUAUAAGCAUGUCCAAAACGGACGUCACGAUUGAGGACACCAAUGUUGUCACCAUAGGAUUGGAUGUCGACGGAAUAGCCGAGAACAAAGUUAGCGUACGUUUAUUCAAGUCCCAAAACUAUCCAAACGAAGUGCCAGGCAUUCAAUUGGUGGUGAGCGAAAAUUACAAGAUUGCCAAUUAUGUUAAAUUGUCGAUUUUGAAAAGCCUCAUUUCCGAAUUGACUGUUAGCGAAUGCAUGAUUUACUCUAUCAUCGAGUGGCUAGAACUUCACAUGAUGAGCAAGAUAGAGGACCCUGGGUCCUUGUGUAUGUAUGAGCAAAACGAGGAGCAGAUUUCGAGGAAUUUUCUGCAAGUUGAGCAGUCUAGAAAACAGCGGCAGCAGAAUGUCGAGUUGAUUAAAAAACUGUAUGUGGAUCGGUCGGACGCGUUGAAGAAGUUGCAAAAACAGAGAGAGGCAUUGCCUGCAUGGAAAAAGCAGGAGUCGAUAGUGAGUUUGAUUGCUGCAAGUCAAAUCACGUUAAUCACCGGUGAAACCGGUUCCGGUAAGUCCACCCAAGUGGUUCAGUUUAUCUUGGACCACCUAAACAAGGAAGGCGACUUCUCCACCACCAUAUUGUGCACGCAGCCGCGUCGUAUUUCGGCAAUGGGUCUUGCCAGCAGAAUCUCCGAGACAAGAGGCGACAAAGUCGGACAAGAAACAGGAUACAUGAUUCGAGGAGAGAGCAAAGUCAACUCCCAAACCAGAAUCACGUUUUUGACCACGGGGAUCCUUCUUCGGAUGCUCCAGCAGUCUUUUAAGAACAAAGACGACUCGGACAAGAUAUUUGCAAAAGUUGGUUACAUAUUUAUUGACGAAGUCCACGAAAGAUCGGUGGAUAGCGAUUUCCUCCUUAUCAUCUUGAGGGACGUGUUGAAGAAAUUUAAAAAGUUGAAAAUAGUGUUGAUGUCAGCAACGAUUGAAAGAGAAAAAUUUGACAAGUUCUUUGGCACUACAAUCAACAAUGCCCACAUUGAGGGGAGAACAUUCCCCAUCGAGGAUUUCUACUUGGAUGAUAUUUUGCAAUCCUUGGAUUACAAGAUGGAAGUUGGAGGAGAGCUCAUCAAACCGCGCUCCGACUCGGCUUUCUUUAAAAAGGGAACCAUCAAUUACGACUUGCUUGUCAAGCUCGUAACGAAAGCGGACAGGGAUCUAACAUUGAGCGAGAAUAAUGGCUCGAUUCUAGUGUUUUUGCCAGGUGUGGGUGAAAUCAACCGCGCUAUGAGGGAAGUCAGCGCAGUGCUUCCAAAUGCAAUAGUGUUGCCUCUUCAUUCUUCAUUGUCGCCGCGGGACCAAAACAGCGUCUUUAAAUCAUACCCUGGAAAAAAACGGAAAAUUGUUUUGGCAACAAACAUUGCUGAAACUUCGAUUACGAUUUCCGACUGUGUCGUGGUGAUUGAUACCGGUAGAUCGAAAACCAUGUUUUUUGAUGCGGAUCUCAACACAACAAAACUAGUCGAAGAAUGGUGCUCCCAGGCCGAGAUAAAGCAGCGUCGCGGGCGUUCGGGCCGUGUAACUAGCGGAACCUGCUACCAUUUGUACACCAAAGAGACGGCUCAGAGUAUGCUCAAACAGCCCAUCCCCGAGAUCAAGAGGGUCAGGCUUGAGAAUUUGUAUCUUAUUGUCAAAUCCAUGGGCGUGGAAAAUGUUGAAAAUUUUUUGGCAAGUGGGUUGGAUUCUCCAGACGCUUCGGCAAUGGUGUCUGCGAAGAAGCUUUUAGAAGAUGUUGGAGCUCUCAGUGAGGACCGGUUGACGAAUCUCGGUCGGUACUUGUCAUUUUUGCCCAUGGAUCCGCAUACGGGGAAGCUUUUAAUUUUGGGCUGUAUAUUUGGAUGCCUUGACUUUUGCGUCACUUUGGCAGCAAUCAAUGCCGUGGGUAGUAUCUUUGCCAACACGAUGGAGAACAGACUGCAAAUCAAGCUGGUCUUGACCAAAUAUUCCGAGGCCAGUGGCGAUCUUGUUGGAGAAGCGAAUGUUUUCUUGGCUUACCGCAACAACCCGAGUAAGCUGUUUAUGAGAGAGCAUUGCUUGUCCUUCACGGCUGUAAAUGAUGUCCAAUCGACUAUUAUCCAGUUUCAUCAACUACUCGAUGAAAUGGGCUUUGUCGGGAACAAGGAACCGAAACCGAAACUUAACCAAACUUUGGUUCGUGCGAUUGUCACGGGAUCUUUUUACCCAAACAUCGUCAGGGUCCAGUAUCCGAACCAAAAAUAUUUCAAAUCAGCGCUGGGUUCCAUUGCCGUGGAUCCAGAUGCCAAAGAAAUCAAGUUGUGGAUCAAAAAUGAAAAUGAGAGCCAAGAGCAGCAUAAUUUUCCUUCAACCAGGGUGUUUCUUCAUCCUUCCUCAUCCUUGUUUCUCAGCAAGACCGCUUAUGAGGACGAUGGAGGAGAAGCUAAUGGUGGUAAUAGUGCUAUGGCGUACACUGAACUAACCCCAUAUGUGCCAAAAUCCGAGUCUGCAUUCAAGUCGGCAUUUUUGACCUACAAGUCGUCGCACAUGACGUCAAAGCUCUACAUUCGCGGGGUGACACCUGCCGAUUCAGUGGCAACCUUGUUAUUUGGAGGCAACUUUGAAUACGAUGCCGGUGGCGUGGUUCUAGACGGGUGGAUUCCAAUCAGAACAUGGUGCAAAAACGGAGUCUUGAUAAAGCAAGUCCGCAAAUUGUUGGACAAAUAUAUAGACGAGAAGCUCUCAAGCGUGGAGAGCACUACGCAUGGGACGAUCUUGAACGUUAUAGAGAAAGUCAUCAAUAUAUGA